AUGUUUUUUGUCAUUGAGCGCUGGGAAUCGGUCGCCCUGCGGCCCUCCCAGCUGGGCCCCGAAUAUCUCGCCAGCGUAGAGGCGCUGCUGAGGCAGCAGGUAGAAGGCAAGUGCCUGCAGAGUGUGGGAUAUGUCGUCUGCGUAAUUCGCGUACUUCAGCAUCUGCCAGGGAGAAUUCAGGAUUCCACAGGACUCGUCGUUGUAGCCGCGAAGUAUCAAGCUAUUGUUUUUAAGCCAUUUAAGGAAGAGGUGUUGGAUGCAGUAAUAACAGAUGUAAACAAGCUCGGCUUGUUCGCACAGUGCGGCCCCUUGAAGGUCUUCGUCUCGAGGGCUUCUCUCCCGCCGACCUACACAUUUCAGGAAGAAGAUGCCAUGCCGAGUUUUUCAGACGGCUCUUUGGCUCUGCGUACUGGGGGCGAGAUCCGCCUGAAGCUGCUGGGCGUCCGCUUUGAGGCUAGUCAAAUAUUUGCAGUUGCCACCACCAACGCAGACUACUUAGGGCCCAUCGAGCCCAGAGAGACUUCAGCUGCGUAA